GAUUUUGAUCAUGGCAGAUGCAAAUUUUGAAAACAUUAUACUGCGGUUGUCAGACGUACGGAUACGAGAUCAAGGAGUUUACGGGUGGUGUGCACCUAAAGUAGUGGCAUUAAUAAUGUCUUUCGAACUCAAGUACAACCAUCCUCAUUUGGAGUACUACGAAGCAUCUAGCCAACAUAUCAUCGAUAAUUUUUACAUAGAAUAUCCGGAUAAUGUGAGGUUUUACAAAAUUAAUCCAGACGGGGAUGAGGACUAUGUUUGUAGCAAAGCUGAAAUGGAUUAUUAUGCAAUUAUUGGUACGGAGGGUACAAAGGAUCUACUUGCAUUCAUAAUGUCCAAUGGCCUUUAUUUAGAAAGGCAGUACGGAUAUUUUGAGAAAGUACAAAAGGGCAUGAAGAUGCUUCCAGGUGAAAAGAUAAAGAUAAACAAAUUUACAUUGAUAGCUGAAAACACCCCACUUGAUGCAAUCAAAGAAAUUCUGCGGAACGGACAUCCUAUCAUUGGUUUCAUACAAGCAUCUUACGACUUAGAAAAUCAUUCUGGAGAGGGCGUAUUUAAAAUCAAACCUUCAAGUGGACAAGAUAAUUUUCACAUGGUGGCAGUCAUGGGUAUUGGUGUUGACAGUUGUGGGGAUCUUUACUAUAACAUCCAAAAUUCUUGGGGUAUUGAGUGGGCAAAUGGUGGUUGUGCAAAGGUGUUGUGCACUUUGGUACACCUGGCAGGUUAUGUGGAAGGAGCCCAUAUUGAGGGCGAAGGUCCGGCAAUCGGGAUUAAUUGGGGGACGACAAACUCAUGUGUAGGAGUGUUGGAGCACAACCGCGUCGCUAUCAUAGCUAACGAUCAACGACACUUGACGAUGCCAUCUUAUGUAGCUUUUACGGACAUCGAGCGUAUCAUCGGAUUUGCAGCUAUGGACCAGGUUGCCACGAAUCCCAUCAACACCAUCUUCAAUGCCAAACGGUUGAUCGGCCGUAGAUUCAACGAUCCAUUUGUUCAGGCGGAUAUUAAGCGAUGGCCUUUUAAGGUCAUUCCUGGAACUGGUGAGAAGCCAAUGAUUACAGUGACUUAUAAAGGCGAAGAGAAACAACUUGCUGUUGAGGAGGUCUCCUCCAUGGUCCUAACUAAAAUGAGGCAGAUUGCAGAGGAAUAUGUGGGAACAACUAUAAAGAAGGCUGUUGUCACGGUGCCUGCACAUUUCAGUGACUCGCAGCGACAGGCCACCCUUGAUGCCGCAGUCAUUGCGGGGCUUAAGGUUGUAUGGAUUGUUAAUGAGCCCACUGCUGCUGCCAUUGUAUACGGUCUCGAAAUGGGAGCUAGCAGUGUCGAUAAAAAAAAUGUGCUUAUUUUCGAUCUCGGUGGUGGAACUUUUGAUACAUCUCUUGUUACAAUUGGGAAGGGCGUCUUCGAGGUGAAGGCUACUGUUGGUGAUACACAUCUUGGAGGGGAGGAUUUCGAUUGCAAAAUGGUGGACCACUUUGUGGAGAUGAUAAAAAAGAAGAGAAAGAAUGACAUUGUGGAUAUGAGUUGGAACCAAGGGCCUCUUAUGAGAUUGAGAACUGCCUGCGAAAUGGCCAAGAGGAAACUCUCGAUUGAAGACCAGACCACCAUUGAGAUUGAUUCUUUGUUCAAGGGUUAUAAUUUCUUCGCCAGCAUAACCCGUGCCACAUUCGAGGAUCUUAAUAAGGAUUUGUUUGAUAAGUGCAUGGAGUUGGUUGAAAAGUGCUUGAGGGAUGCAAAUAUCGAGAAGAGCAGCAUUGAUGACAUUUACCUUGUCGGCGGCUCAACUAAGAUACCAAAGAUCCAGCAGUUGUUGAAGGAAUUCUUCAAUGGCAAAGAGGUCCGCAAGAGCAGGAAUUCCAAAUAUGCCGUUACUUACGGUGCUGCUAUACAAGCUGCAAACUUGAGUGGCGAAGGCAAGAUGGUUAAGGGUCUGCUUCUGCAGGAUGUCACUCCGUUGUCUCUUGGUCUUGAUAGUGCUGGAGGUCUGAUGAAUGUACUGAUUCCGAGGAAUACAAAGAUUCCCAUAAAGAUGGAGCAAGGUUUUUCCACGUAUUUGGGCAAUCAACCUGGAAGUUUGAUCCAUGUUUACGAAGGUGAAAGAACAAGAACGGAAGACAACAACCUGCUCGGGAAAUUCGAGCUCUCGAGUAUUCCACCUGCUCCGACGGAUGUUCGUCAAAUCACAGUCUGCUACGAAGUUGAUGCGAAUGGCAUCUUAAAUGUGUUGGCCGAGGACAAAAAAAGGGGCCAGAAGAACAAUAUUACAAUCAAGAAUGAUAAGGGGAGGCUUUCAAAGGAAGAAAUAGAGAAAAUGGUUCAAGAAGCCGAGAAAUACAAUUCUCAUGAUAAGGAGCAUAAGAAAAAGGUUCAGGCCAAGAAUGAGCUCAAGAAUUAUGUCAAUUGGCUGCUGCAAGCCAUUGAGGGAGCGAAUCUUCUGGAGGAUAAUAAGAAGAGGGUUAUGGAUGCGAUUGAGGCAGCUAUUCAGUGGUCGAAAGCUAAUCAGCUUGCCGAGGCUCGUGUAUAUGUAGAUAAGAUAACUGAGCUCGAGGGCAUUUGCGCAGAUGCAUCAAGGCAUUUGUGAUCCUAUAUGUUGAUUUCAACAUAUAUGAGGGGAUUUUGGUUUUUGUGACGCUGUUUUCAGCAUGCUUUUGACUAGGGACCUAAUUUUUCUUUUCUUUUUAGGUUUAAAUUUGGAAGUGUAAUUGGUGGCUUGGUUGGAACUGUUACAACUUUUGGGGAGCAUAAAUCAUAUUUUGCUAAGCAGCAGCAGCAACUAGAGAUCUUUACAGC